GGGAGGCGUGUCGUCAUGUAAACGUUAUCGUCCUACAGGAAAACGAGCCCGUCGUUUAUUUCUCUGAAGACGAAACACUUUUCUUAGCUUAAUAAAAUAUAUCAAGAAAGACCUAGCACUGGCUCAUGGGUUGAUGAGCGGCAUGUCAUGCAGAGAAGACACAGCAGCAACACGGAUGGCAUGCCCGGUGAAAGGAGCCGUAGCCAAACCCUGGGAUCAGAGAGCAGCCUGGACGAGGGUUGUGUGUUCGACUGUCUGAAGCCCGACUCCCCCGUCUCCCCCCAGCAGCUCUUCUCCGGUCUGGUGGGCGUCCCCACCAGCUCCGUGUCCGCCGCCCCCUUCCAGGCCGCCAGCCUAGUGCUGGGCUCCCCCCCGGACGUCUUCAUCCAGAUGACCACCUCCUCACGGGAGGACGGCGGCACCCCACAUCGCUCUGACGGCGGCGGCUCUUACAUGGUUCCUCGCCCGCCGCAGCCCCACCACUUCCACCACCACUUCCACCACCAGCAGCCGCUGCAGCACAGGACCUCGUCCCUGCUGCAGCAGGCCGCGGCGUCGGCCGGCCCUGAGAGGCAUGGCUCGGGCCGGGAGGAGGGCCAGGCGGAGGAGCAGUCCACUCCUGCGCCGGCGCUCUCGGAGCUGAAGUCUGUGGUGACCUGGCUACAGAGGGGCUUCCCCUUCAUCCUCAUCCUGUUGGCUAAAGUCUGCUUCCAGCAUAAGCUAGGUAUUGCUGUAUGUGUGGGGAUGGUCAGCACAUUUGCCUUUGCCAAUUCCAGAUUCAAGCACCAGGUGUCAUUACGGGAGGAGCGCUCUGUGUUGGUUGCUCUGUGGAUCAUUGUGUUCUUGAUGGGGAACAUCGUGUAUCUCUAUUAUACAUUUGGUGAAGAGGAGCUGUACAACAGCCUCAUCUUCGCUAAGCCCAACAUCGACAGCUUUGACUUCUUCCAUCUGAUCUGGGUGGUGGGCAUCACAGACUUUGUCCUCAAGUACUGCACCAUCAGCCUGAAAUGCUUCAUCCUCUUCCUUCCCAGGAUCUUCCUGGCCUUCAAGUCCCGAGGAAAGUUCUAUCUGUUGGUGGAGGAGCUGAGCCAGCUGUUCCGGGCCCUGCUGCCCAUCCAGCUGUGGUACAAGUACAUCAUGGGAGAAGACCCCUCCUCUAGCUACAUGCUAGGGGCCAUGCUCAUCAUCAUCUACAGCCUGUGCAAGUCCUUUGACAUCUGUGGUCGACUGUCGUCCAUUCGCAAGGCCUUGGUUAUCCUCUGCAGUGCUCAGAGUUUUGGUGUGCGGGCCAGCAGCCAGCAGUGUGGUGAGGCUGGGGACGUCUGUUCCAUCUGUCAGAAUGAGUUCACGGACCCCCUGGUGCUUCAGUGCCAGCAUGUUUUCUGUGAGGACUGCCUGUGUCUCUGGUUCGACCGGGAGAGGUCCUGCCCCCUGUGCCGCUCCUCUGUCAUCGAGAGCCUGCGCUGCUGGAAGGACGGCACGACCUCAGCCCACUUCCAGAUCUACUAGGAUCUGAAGACAACUUUGUAAUGAGGCUGUAAAAUGAAGUCUGGACUCCCUUUGGUCACUAAAGAUCCCACGGCGCUCUCUAACCCCGGGGUCCUGGCCUUAUUCCCACCAAGGCUCUACCCACAUGGCGACCUAUUCAUCCCUGAUCUCUUAUUGGAUGAUUGCGUUCCUCACCUCUUCACUGUGAGAGCCAGUGUGUGGUGAGCAUUCUGUUCACCUAUGGGCUGCCGACUGCCGUGCAACAAACUAGUAGUGGAGGAGGUCGGAUAUCCCACACGAAGCGCGUUGUGUGCCUAAAAGCGCUAUAUAAAUACAAGUUAAGUCUUCUUAUUGUGGUUAACUACUGCUGUUCAUCCUGCAUAUACUAUCUGUAUCUGUACAUAUUCAUGCAAUUUACGAUCCUCAGCACAAGUUGGGUUGCGGUGGGAUCUAGACCCAACCCAAGGUAUGUUUUAAUUCUUGUUUGGAACAGUUUUGGUUAUUUGUAAUUAGUAGAAAUUAUAGCAACAGUUUCUUCAAAUAGUGCACUUCAUGACCAAGCACACGUUGAUCAAAUGUAUUUACAGACACAAUAAAGGAUGUAUGUUAA